AUGGACCAAAAACAAUCCGAGUUAAUCGAAAAGUAUCAGGAGUCUAAACUUCGUAAGCAUGUAAAAGAUGAUGAGGGCUAUGAAUCUGAAAGCGAGGAUGAUUUAUUGGAGUUAUUAGAGGAUGAAGAAGAGAUAUCAAAAUAUAGAGAGGCAAGGAUUCAACAACUAUCAAAGGAAUUUAAAAGAAUUGACGACGAAGAGACUGAAAGAAACGGAUCCUUGGGAAGCGUAAUAGAAAUUAAUGACGAGAAACAGAUAAUGGAAAUGGUAACUAACUCUGAAUUAACCUUGGUUCAUUUUUAUCAACCUGAGUUCGACAAAUGCAAAAUCAUGAACAGCAGAUUAGCAGUACGUAAACGGAAUUUUGAAGCCAUUUUUAAGACAUGA